AUGUCUUCAUAUGCCAUUACCGGAGCCUCCAAAGGCAUUGGCUGCGAGUUCGUGCGCCAACUCGCUGCCGAUACGGCCAACACGGUCCUAGCUAUUGUGCGAGACCCCGAAUCGCCCGACAUAUCUGAGCUCGCCUCCAAUCACCAUAACUUGCACGUCAUCAAAGGCGAUGUUACAGACCCCAAGUCCAUUCUCGAGGCAGCCUCGGCCGCAGCUGCUGUCACCGGUAGUAAGCUAGACGUGCUUAUCCACAACUCCAACGCCGUUGAUAUGGCCACCAUGUCCUCCAACCCGACCCAGAUUCCCUUUGAUGCUCAAGCCGUUCGGGCAAUUUUCGACCUGCCGUUCAGUACCGGUAUCUACGGCAGUCUAUGGACGACUAACGCCUUCCUACCCCUGAUUGAGAAGGGCAUCCAGAAGAAAAUUGUGCACAUCUCCAGCGCCAUGGCGGAUUUGGAUUUUAUCAAUAAGACUGGUGUCAGUGAUGCUGUCGCGUACUCUGUCGCAAAAGCCGGGAUGAACGUCCAAGUCGCCAAGUACGCAGCAGAACUUGCGCCUAGAGGCAUCAAGGUGUUGGCUUUGAGCCCUGGAUGGGUUGAUACGUGGGAGGGAGAGAAACCCUUUCAGGUAGUACAAGCGCAAAAUGUCAUGCUGAAGCAGUUUCAGGCAGCCGACCCUGAACUCAAGGGGCAGAUUCAGCCUAAUGAGAGCGUUAGAAAGUGCCUCCAGGUGAUUGAGAGUCUGGAUGCCGAGACUAGCGGCUUGCUUCUGAGCCAUAAUGGAGAUAAGGCAAGGUGGUUGUGA